UCCUCUUCGUCGUCAGACUUUGUCGCCGUGUCAAUGGCAUCAACAUCGAUUACCAAUGGUUCGGAGGAUGAUGGCAGUGAUGAAGGUGUCUUUUUCGAAACAAGACAGUUUUCACUCUCUUCAAAGGACGGACGAUUUUGACGAGUAUGAUUGGAAUCCCUUCUCAUUCACUCUGACUGUUUUGUCGUACUUGUAUAUUUUAUUCUCAUUGAAUCAUUAUCUCAGGAUGUCCAUUUUUUGCGGAGGUCCCCGUGCUUGGCUUGCAUAUUUGCCUACCUCAUUGUUUUAUGACCCGUUGUAUUAUGCGAUCCCCAUGGCUCUCUGCAUCGCCCAUGUGCUAUGAAAAUAACACGAAUUGUUUGACUGCUCCCA